GAGAGGCUUGGUUCCGGUUCUGAGAUGGAGGAUUCGGUGGGCGAGGAGGAGAGGAGGGAGCAGGAGGAGGCCAUGGCGCAGGGGAAAGAGCGUGGCGGAGAAGACGACGCGGGUGGGGAGAGCGGGUUUCUGUCCACCGUGGCGUCCAAGAUCGGCGCGGCCAUGUCCGGCGGUGCUGAGGAGGACGGUGAAGGCAAUGGCGACGGGAAUGUGGCUGCUGCUUCUGGUGGCGGUGAGGAACAACGGAAGAGAGAUGGCGAUGGCGGCGGCGGCGGAAUCUUCGGUAAGAUCCUGCCCACCGAGUCCAUGGCGCAGGGGAAAGAGCACGGCAACGGAGAAGUAGAUGGUGGUGGCGUUGAGCCAGGUGACGGGAGUGGGUUUCUGACCACCGUGGCGUCCAAGAUCGGCGCGGCCAUGUCAGGCUCUAAUGGUAGCGGCGAUGCUGAGAAGGACGACGGCGGCGGCGAGCACAAUGGCGAUGGGAAUGUGCCUGCUGCUCCCGGUGGCGAGGAGGAAGGAAAGAGAGAUGACAAUGGCGGCGGCGGAAUCUUCGUGGAGACAGAGGAAGAGAGAAAUGAAGUGGACGAGCAGGGCCAGCAGGCUGGGAUCCUGGGCGCUGUCGCCUCCAAAAUUGGCGUCGCCAUGUCCGGUGCUAAUGGCCAUGCGAAGCACGGCGUCGGCAACGAGGACGACGCUAGGAUGAGCAAUGGCGAUGCUGCUGACCAUAGUACGGCUGAAGAGAAGGGGGAUGGGCAGAAUGGCGGUGGGAUAAUGAAGCAGCUCAUAUCAAACCUCCCCACAGAUGAUCAGGCGCCGGAUGCUGAAGAGGCGUCCCUGCUCAUCGCCAUUAUCGACGACUAGCCAUAGUAGGAAUAUAGGAUACAUCUCGUCGGCCAGAAAAGACGAUGUAGUUUUCAUUUUCCUAGGCUAUUUUUAUUCUCCUAGUUUCCCUCUUCACGUGGAUACUACAUAUAUGCAAACACAAGAGAGAGAGAGACGUUUUGUUUUAAGACGAGACGUUGUUUAUUGACAGGUGUCUGUAAUCACAUUUGUCUAUAACAAGGA